GAGGUGACUCAAACCGAGCUCCCCUCCAGUCUGACGGCCGCGGUGACGCCGGAGAAGCAACCCGGAAACAGCCGCGGCAGCGCAUCGCUUUUCUUCUCCUUUCAGCCCCGGACCGCCGCUUCUAGCGUGGUUAUCCACUCGUCGGCGCCGUGUUUCUCAGCGAGGAUCGAGAGGCUGACCUCUGCUGGAGGACUGAGACCCCGGGCCACCUGCCAGGUCGGUCCUCCCUGCUCCGGACCGCCAGUCGCACCGCUCCACUGCCGGUAUCGUAACAUGGGGAACCUACUGAAAGUUUUGACAUGCACAGAUCUGGAGCAGGAGCCCAAUUUUUUCCUCGAUUUUGAAAACGCCCAGCCCACGGAGGCGGAGCGGGAGGUCUGGGAGCAGGUGGACGUCGUGCUGAAGGACGCAAAGGGAAUCCUGGACGAGCUGCAGGCUUACAAGGGGGCGGGGCAGGAGAUCAGAGAGGCGAUCCAGAAUCCAAACGAUGACGCGCUGCAGGAGCAGGCCUGGGCCGCCGUGGUUCCCCUGGUUGGGAAACUCAAGAAGUUCUACGAGUUCUCGCAGAGAUUAGAAGCGGCGCUGCACAGCCUCCUGGGAGCUCUGACCAGCGAGACCUACAGCGAUCCCACUCAGCACCUGGAGCGGGAGCAGGCGCUGGCCAAGCAGUUUGCAGAGAUCCUGCACUUCACGCUGCGUUUCGACGAGCUCAAAAUGACGAAUCCUGCCAUUCAGAACGACUUCAGCUACUACAGAAGAACCCUGAGCCGGAUGCGGAUCAACAACGUUCCAGCCGAGGGUGAGAACGAAGUCAACAACGAGCUGGCCAACCGGAUAUCUCUGUUCUACGCCGACGCCACGCCCAUGCUGAAGACGUUAAGCGACGGCACGACCAAGUUCGUGUCGGAGAACAAAAACCUGCCCAUCGAGAACACGACGGACUGCCUGAGCACGAUGGCGAGCGUGUGUAAAGUCAUGCUGGAGACGCCGGAGUAUCGCAGCCGCUUCACCAGCGAGGACACAGUGUCCUUCUGCCUCCGGGUGAUGGUCGGGGUCAUCAUCCUCUACGACUACGUCCACCCCGUCGGCGCCUUCGCCAAGUCGUCCAAAAUCGACAUGAAAGGCUGCAUCAAAGUCCUCAAGGAUCAGCCUCCGAACAGCGUGGACGGCCUCCUCAACGCUCUCAGGUACACAACCAAACAUCUGAAUGACGACUCAACCAACAAGACAAUCAAGAGCAUGCUGCAGUGAGACUGCGCCGCUCCGCCUGCUGUGGGGAGACGCCGCUCUCCGGACUCAUGUCGCUGCACACAAUAGUUUUUCUUUUUUCUUCCAAUUUUUUUUUUUUUUGUUGUUUUUUAUGGAAAAGAGCUACAGCUCCGCCCUCGUUUUUAAUGCAAAAUGCUACUGCCAUUAUUGACGUCUUUUUCGGUGCCAAAAAGAUGUUUUGCUGAGCUGUAAUGUUUCUGAUAAAAGGCCAUGAGACGAUGGCAGCUAAUGAAAGCAUCGUGGAUCCCCGCUGUCAUGUUUUUCCCUGUGUGAGGGACGGAGUGCUUUGACUUGAAAAUUUAGUGGAGAGAGAGAUAAAUAUAUAGAGAAGUAUAUAUUAUUUUUGUUUGAUUCGUUAUUUAAUUACAUCCUCUGCAUGAUGGAAAUGAUGUCUUUUCCUUCUAUUUAAAAAGAAACUAAUGGUCUAGUUUAAUUUGUCUGCUCUAUUGUGCAUUAUUAAUGUUCUAUUUGAGUGGUACUUGUCAAAAUGAGAUUUAAGAGUACUGUUUUUAUAUUUUUUAUAGGUUUUAAUUUGUUCAUAUGUCUUUUUUUUUUUCAUAGUUGUGUUGUAUUUUUCAUUUUGAAAACUUUAAACUGUGAUACGUGCUGAAUCAAAUUAAAAAUUGGGAGUGUGUACUGUGAGCGGACGACCACGCCGCGUCUGGAGAGAUUAAAAGGAGAACUCUUGUUUUCUACGACCCGCCUCGUCGACUUUCCUUCUCAGGGCAGGAAACUCUGAAAAAGUGAAGUUGUUUCCGGUGGAUCUCUCCAUCCUCAGGCAGCUCGGCUUUCCACAGGUGUGUGUGUGUGUGUGUGUUUACUGUGCUGAGAAACAGAAUCUAAAUGUUGAAAGCACAGAGGAAAUGUCCAGAAUAGUCAAACUGCCAGUAAUAAAGCACUUAUAUUAACUUUAUUACUUCAGUUUGGAACCGAUAGCGGAUUUUCCUGCCAUCAUUCAUACACUAAGGGUGUAAAAUAGUGAUAUUUUUUGUCUUUUCACCUAAACUAAAUCUCAUGAAAUAUUCAUUUAAUCAAUCGGUAUGUUAAAUUUGUCUCCAGCUUGAUGGAAGAUGAGCCGAAGCAGGUAAUGCUCGCUCUGUUUGUCUGAUAAUGGAAAAACAUGUAAUUUUCCACUCACAGAUUCAUUCAAUGUGCUUUUAUCAUUUGUACUAUCCUUUUUUUUUAUUAUUUUUUUGUG